CAGAAUUUCCGAUUUCAAUAGUAACGGAUAAAAUAAAUAAAUUUGCAGAAACAGAUUAGAAUGUCGUCACAAUCAGAUCAUGAAGAUGAGGACGAAUCAAAUUUAAAUAUUUAUAAAUCCAGGCACAGGGCAGAUAAUGAAAAGGUUUUUAUUAAUCCUCAAGCUGUUGGUCGAUAUUCAGAAGAAAAUUUGCAAAAUAUUGUCGUUGAAAUUGAUGAACAGAAAAGGCACAAAAUAUACGCCAUUUUGCAGGAGCCGAAGUCCGAUUUGACUACUAAUAGAUUACGCUACUUCUUGCUCAUAUACAUAAACUCAUUUUGGAAUCUAUUCGUCCUUUCAGUCAUAUUUAUCUCGUAUAUUCUUGACACAUGUGUUUUUACAUUCUACAAAGGAGAACGUAAACCAAGUUGGAUAAUAUUCGUGCUAGCUUGCUUAAACUUAGUUUUUGCUGUUGAUGUGACGUUCCUCUGUGGUUUAAAGUUUUCUAAGCAAUGGCGAAAAACUCUUAAUCUUGUCGAGCCUAGUAUAGAGAGAGUAAUAGUUGAUUUAUUCUUAGCUGUACCGUAUCCUAUAAGCUAUUUACUGUCUUUCGACUUACCAUUUCAUUUCUUUAUAAUUUCUCCGGUCAUGGCAACCGUUCGAGUUUACAGAAUCAUAGAGUUCUUGUACAACAAGUCAUCUCAAGCCGGUACGAACCAAUGGACGAUAUUCUUGGCGCAGUAUUUAAUUCUGUUUUUGCUUUCCGUUCACACUUGGACGUGUAUUUGGUAUCUAUCGUCGUAUAGAUCAUUUAAUAUUCACAGUCUACGUUCAUCUUGGUCAAUCGGGGCUGUAAACUUGCCCACAGAGACGGUAUUGGAUUGGCAUUUUAUAUGUGCUUAUUGGUCUGUUAUGAUAUUGACGACAAAUUCACUUGGUGAUCUGUAUCCAGUGUCCUCAUUGGAAAGGGUCGUGGCCACUGUAGCGGUUCUGUUGGGUUUCUUUUUGACAACAGUUAUUUUCGUCGGGUCGUUGACAUCUCAGUUUAUCACGAUUACAACACGGCGCGCUAAAUAUGUGAGACAACUUAAGAAAAUACAGAAUCAUUUGCAGUUGAUUAACAUGGACGCUGACACAACUUCGCGAGUGCUGAGAUUUGUAUCACAAAUGGAGUUCUUGAGUUACUGUCGGAUGAAGACGACGAGAGUCCUAUGAUAUCAUUUGCAAAAGGAACGUGCAUUGGAGAAAUUUCUCUCAUCUUCAAUAUUCCAGGACCAAAUAUCACCUGUUAACAUCUGUCUACUUCGCAACAACGGUGAUACUGUCUGUGGGUUACGGCGACUUCACCCCCGGCGAUAUGUUCGACGUA